AUGGAUUACCAACAUUACAGAUGCACCACUUUAGGACAAACAUUUCAGGAUACUUUGGAUGAACUCGUUCAAGCUGAAAAAAUAACUCCAGAGAUGGCUUCGAAAGCUUUAUUACGGUUUGAUAAAACCAUCAAUGAGAUGUUGGCAACGAAAUUCGACAGAAAAAUUACAUUCAAAGCCGAUCUGACCACAUACAGGUAUGUUGAUGAUGUCUGGACCAUGGUGUUGGAAAAUGCAGUGUUUGAAGACAGAAACGACACUUUUAAAGUUGACAUCGCUAAAUUAGUGGCUUGCGAAGCCCCAACUUUAAAGAAGAAAAAGAAGUAA